UUCAUAUGCUCAUCUCAUCUCAUGUUCUAUUAGCUAGGAGGAAGUUCACAAGUAUCCACCACACAAAAAUACAAAUCAAUACUGACUCUAUUACAGUGUAAUAUCUGUUCAUAACUACUUUCUCAACCUACUGAAGCACAAAGCUCAAAGAGUCAACAAUGAUCGAUGCUAAUGCGGCAGCCCGCAGGCGCAUAAAGUCGUAAACGGUAACAUGAACCUUUGAUUUGUAUAUUACAGCGAAAAUACAGAAGCAGGAGAGUGGCAGUAGAUAAGGGCGGUAAAAAAAAAAAAAAAAAAACGUGUCUAGGGUCCAAGAUUCAACCCAAAUUCAAUUCGUAGCAUGCUUUGAGAUUCCGAAUAUCGAUCUGAGCAGAUUUUGUCAAGUUAUAUGACAUAGAUGGAAAGUAUCACGAGUGAAAACCCAUUUCCAACACAACCUAAAUGGAGAAAAGUUGCUUAUGGAGGGAUGCAACCUGGUUUCGAUGACAAUCACACAGAUGAAUCUUUCCUAGAAGAUAUGAUUAUGAAUGCCAAUGUUGUCAAAAGGGACUUGCUAAAGGUGAUACUUGAUUCAGUGUCAAUUUCUCAGUAUAUUUGCACUGUUUGUCUUGUGGUUUUGGUUUGGACCUAUACUCUCAAAUCCUCCUUGAAUGAAAACUCACUUUUAGUUUUAAAUUUUAGCCUUCUUGGAUUGGGUUUCUUCAUUCUUCUCUUAACUGCAGACAUGCUCUCCUUCAAUCUUCUUCUCAGUUACGUUCUGAAGAUUUCCUUCUUUAUUACCGGGCUGUAUAUGUUGUCUCCUAUCUACCAUACACUUACUCGGUCUAUAAGCUCAGAUUCUAUAUGGGCACUAACAGCUUCUCUCCUCGUAAUCCAUCUCUUCCUGCAUAAUUACUCAGGAUCCACUGUAAAAGCUCCCGGAACUCUAGAAAACCCUACCCUUACAAGCAAUAUCUCUUUGAAUGCUUCUAUAGUGGCUUCACUUCUCAUUGCUUCUCGCCUUCCGUCAAGGCUUCAUGUAUUUGCCAUUGUGCUGUUCUCCUUGCAAGUUUUCCUAUUCGCUCCAUUGGUCACCUACUGUGUGAAGAAGUACUCGUUCCGAUUGCACCUGUGUUUUUCCUUCGGGUUAAUGGUCUUGACGUUAGCUCUUAUUCACCGGUUGCACACAUUACUCUUUGUUUUGUUGCUGGCUGUGUUUAUCUUUGUCAAUUUGGUAUGUCCUUAUUGGCUGAUACGACUUCAAGAGUAUAAAUUUGAGAUUAACGGCCCCUGGGACGAGGCAAAGCUCUGUUUUGCAAUCACAGAAUGAACAACGAAGAUCCAAUAUUGAUAAACAUAUCCUUUGUAUUAGCUUACCUGUGAGGCUGGCCUUGCAUUGCACCACCCUAAUGCCCUACUUAAGAGUGGUACUUCAUUUGUUUUGCAAUUUCAAUAUUUGGUUCUGAUUUGUUGUUACACUCCUUUGCCUCUGCUGAAAUGUAUCUUGAUGGAAAUAUGUGAGUUCAAAUUACAUACAAUGAACUCUGGUGUUCGUGUUGUAAGUUCAGCUAUUUCAUAUGGAGAGUUCUUCUAACAAAUAUUACCGAAUAAUUCUA